AUGCAGUUAAGAAAAAGAAAGAGGGUGGAUUAUUCAUCGACAAUAGAAGCAUCUCAUGGAAAAAUCAAGAAUAGUAAUGCUACUGACAACCUACAAACUACAACACAUAGUCGAACUAAACAGAGGAAAAGUAUUGUUCUACCAAAGAUAAUAUCAUCAUCUUCUAAGCAGAAGAAUUAUCAGGUAGGUGCCUCUAAGAAGAAACAAAGUCCUUCCAAGCGAUUAAGUGAAGAGAAGAUAUUGAAUGAAAAAAUGAAAGGUGUAACGUUGACUAGACCAUUUUAUAAAUCUCAAGUUAAUUAUCAUGAUGAAAAGGAUGCCAUUAUCACCAUCUCGGAACUAAAUCAAUUUUCACGAACGUUAGAUAAAUUAAUACCUGUUCAAAGAGAUUUAUAUUAUCUUGAUUUAAAAGGUCCGAAAUAUUUAGGUCCAAAGAAUUUUGAAACAUUAAAACUACCCAGUGAUAUUAAUAACUUGCAAAACAUAUCUAAUGAGUUGAAACAAUUUAUUAACUAUAGAGAAGAAGCUAAAGUUAGAGAAGAAGAUUUAAAAAAUGAUCCAAGUAAAAUAAAUGAGGCAUCUUACAAUCCUAUUAUUACAAAAGAAAAAAUGGAGGGAAUCAAAGUUUUAUCAAAAUUUGAGGAUAUCCCAGGAUUCGAAAUUAUUGAUAGACUUGCUCAAAUUCACAAUAUUAAUAUACGAGAUAUUCAUGGCCUACGACAAGCUAAUAUUAAGCCAAUGCUAGAUUCAAAUUUUAUAAACAAGAAUGAAGUAAACUCCAUCAGCAGAAGACUGGAUAAAAAACUACAAAAAGAGAGAAAUAACAAUUUGGCUUGGCCAACAAAAAUUAAAAAGAAGAAAACACAAACCAAGAAAAACAAAGCAAAGGACGAAAAUUCAAGUUCUAAACUUAGAUUUUCAAAUAUUCAAUUAUUUAAUUCCGUUUGA